AUGCCUCCACCUCGGCCCUCCCCAGAGGGGCCACCUACAGGCAAAACGACCUCAAAAUUUAGAGUCCUCACACCAGAAAUGGCCAAAAUACGAUCAUCCAAACCACCGGUCCCGCCGACCACAACACCCUCCGCCUCCGCCUCCGCACCCGCCAGCGCUGCCCCAAAUCCCUCGCCCUCACUCCCCCCAACACAAACGCAAACACCACCGCAGUCAUCACCUCGUUCCAACCGGCCCUCUCUCUCCUCCCUCUUCCGCAAUCGCUACGCGACACUCCCAACACCCAUCCGCCGAACAUUCCGCGUCCUCCGCAUACUAGCACCCAUCAUCCCAAUCGGGAUUUUCUUCUCCGAACAUGUCCUCCAGGUAAUGUGGGUGCGGGGGCCGUCAAUGACGCCCUUCUUGAACGAGGACUACGAAAGCAUGCAUACGAAGAGCGACAUGGUGUUGGUGAACAUGUGGCCGUUCGGCGGGGCGGGAUGGCCCUGGGAGCGGAAACGGAGGUUGGAACGGGGAAUGAUUGUUACGUUUCGGUCGCCUGCCAAUCCCAAACACACCGCCAUUAAGCGGGUUAUCGGUCUCCCCGGUGAUCGGAUCACGACUCGUGAACCGUGCAUGAAGGCGUCGCAGAUUGUGCCGUUCAAUCAUGUCUGGCUGGAGGGUGAUGCGGAGGAUCCGAAGAAGUCGCUUGAUAGUAAUACGUAUGGGCCUGUGAGCAUUAGUCUCAUCACGGGGCGAGUCAUUGCUGUGUUGAGGCCGCAAUUUAGGUGGCUCAACUGGCGGGAUUGGGAGAAGGGGGUUGUUGAAAGUGACGGGGAUCAUAGGUUUGGGGAUAAUUACCGCCAAGAUGUCCGGCAACGGGUGUUGAAGGAGGCUGUCAAGUUGGAAAAACCUCGAAUAGAAUAG